AUGAACGCCCUCCUCCACAAAGCUCAAGCCUUCAUCGCUUUCGAAGAAGGAGAGGUUGCUGCCAUGAAAGCCUCGCGAGGCAAUGAUGCCGCUCGUAGUUUGAACUACGAAAACUCAGGUUCAAGACGGGGACAUGAAAAAAGGAAAGAUGACAGGUCCCACGACGCCAAAGAGCGCCGAGGACCAGCUGGUCGCUUCAACGACUACACCCCUCUGAAUGCUUCACGGGAGAAAAUCUUGGCCGAAUGCAAAAGCACCAAAUUCAAGAAUUCCUGCAUCAGGCCCCCGAAGUCAAACCCCGCAAGGACAGGAACUGACAAAUCCAAGUACUGCAAGUACCACAAGAGUCACGGGCAUCUAACCGAGGAAUGCAUUCAUCUUAAGGAUGCCAUUGAGACACUGAUCAAGGAAGGUCGCCUUUCGAAAUACACAAAGAAAGGAGAACCUUCCCGGAGGGACGACCAACGAAACUCUGACGAGGGCAACUCACCGGAUAACAGGCCUCUGCAAGUACCCCUGUCCUUCACCCGUCCUGAAGACUUCAUGCCUUCGGUUGGAAUAACUACCACAUUUAGCGAGUGGGAAAGAUUCCCGACCGCCAUGGUCGUCUCUAACGGCGGGGAUCCCGGUUCUCUCACCAUCAGCUCAGUGAAGAGAAAGUUCGAUGAAUUGCUCAACGCCAACGCAGACCUUGGCCCUACUCUGCGGAAGUUCAGAGGAAAAUCAGAUCCAAUCACUUUCUACUUGGAAGAGCUGCCCGGCGGAGCCCCGAACGCCACAAUUCCCCUACUCGUCCGGGCCAGAAUGGCAAACUUUGACGUCCAACGAGUCCUAGUCGACGAAGGCAGCUCGGUCGACAUCAUGUACUCUCACCUCUUCCGGACACUCUAG